CGCCCAUGAGCCGAGACCGAGGCCGCAGGUUCCGGGCCGCCGGCGCAGCUCGAGCGCUUUCCGCGGGGUUUGGCUCCUGUCGCUUCCCGUCUCGCCGAACCUGCAUCGCCGCCAACAGAGCCGCCGCCGCCGCCGCCGGAGCCGCCGCCGCGAGUCCUCAGAGCCGGGCUGCGGGCGGCCGGGCGCUCCGGGACGACGCGCGGAGCGGGCGGCUCCGGGACGCGGACGCAGAAAACACUGCAAAGUUGUCAUAUGAAGAGGCAAUCAAAACGUAUGCAGCUAAAAAUAUAGUGAAAAAAUAUAGAGGAUUAUACAAAUGAAGAGAAGUAAAGAAUUGAUAACUAAAAAUCAUAAUCAAGAAGAAAUAAGUAUUCUUCGUUGUUGGAAAUGUAGAAAAUGCAUAGCAGGUUCUGGUUGUUUCAUGGAAUGUCUUGAGCAUCAAGUGACUAAGGAUAGACAUGAUUCAGCUGAUGAUCAAAAUAUUUGUCAUGUGUGGCAUAUGGAUAUAGAAGCCCUUCCAGAAUGGAUACACUGCCUAAUACAGAAAGCCCAGUGGACAGUUGGAAAACUGAAUUGUCCUUUCUGUGGGGCCCGUUUAGGGGGCUUUAAUUUUGUCAGCACUCCAAAAUGUUCCUGUGGCCAGCUUGCAGCUGUACAUCUCUCCAAAAGCCGGACCGAUUAUCAGCCAACACGGUCAGGCCGACUAAUGAGACCCUCGCUGAAAUACUUGUCACAUCCUAGAGUUCAGUCAGGUUGUGACAAGGAAACUCUGCUGACAGGUGGCGCCUCCAAAAACAGAAAUCACGGGCUUUUAAACAUGGCCCAAAAUAAUAAUGGUCCUGGAAGAUUAACGGAAGCACUCUGCCUGGAGGUACGGUCAACAUAUUUCAAGAUGAAGAACGAAAAAUUGCUCUUCAAAGCAUCAGAUCCAAAAUAUCAGCUUUUUGUUCCGCAGCUUGUGACCGGCAGAUGCACUACGAGAGCUUUUCAUAGAAAAUCACAUAGCUUGGAUCUGAACAUCAGUGAGAAACUGACUUUAUUACCCACUUUAUAUGAAAUCCAUAGUAAGACUACUGUGUAUCCCAGGCUAAAUGAAACGCAGCCUGUUGACCUUUCGGACUUGCCUUUAGAAUCAAGUAAAAAUAACCGUUCCUUUCAGAUUUCAUCCAGUUUUGAUCCUAAUAUGCUGCUGCAAAGAUUUUCAGUGGCUCCCUGUGAGACCCAGACACAAAGAGGAGGAGAAUUUCAGUGUGGUCUAGAAGCUUCUGCAGUGUACUCUGGCCAUGCUAGUUCUAACAACCUGACUUUCCUGAUGGACAUGCCCUCAGCUGGGAGGAGCACACUGGAGGCCCCAGACCAGGAAGAGCACCUCUCUCCUCUGGACUUCCUGCACUCAGGCAGUUUUUCAUUGGGUGCCAUUAAUCAGAGGCUCAGCAAGAGAGAAAAGAGCAAGCUGAAGAAUCUGAGACGGAAACAACGAAGGCAUGAAAGAUGGCUGCAGAAGCAGGGUAAAUGUCCAGGAGUGGGAUUGCUGGAUCAUAUGACUUUGGAUAAUGAGAUGAGUACAGAUGAUGACAAUGAAUAUGCAGAAGAAAAGGAGAGCUACAUCUGUGCAGUGUGUCUGGAUGUUUAUUUCAACCCCUACAUGUGUUACCCUUGCCACCACAUCUUCUGUGAGCCCUGCUUACGGACUCUUGCCAAAGACAAUCCUGCAAGCACUCCCUGCCCGUUGUGUCGGACAAUUAUUUCCAGAGUCUUUUUCCAGACAGAACUGAACAAUGCCACAAAAACAUUCUUUACUAAAGAAUAUUUGAAAAGAAAACAAAGCUUUCAGAAAUCCAGCUCUGCAAAGUGGCCCCUACCAAGCCGCAGAAAAGCAUUCCAUCUUUUUGGAGGUUUCCACAGACGUGCAGCUCCAGUUACAAGAAGGCAGUUUCCACAUGGUGCACAUAGGAUGGAUUAUCUGCACUUUGAGGAUGAUAGCCGUGGAUGGUGGUUUGACAUGGAUAUGGUGAUCAUCUAUAUUUAUUCAGUGAACUGGGUCAUUGGAUUCAUUGUUUUCUGCUUUCUUUGCUAUUUUUUCUUUCCAUUUUAGGAAUUUUCAUACCUUACUAUGGUUGAACAAUUACAAAUGAUGUAGGUAACAAUUACUUAAACAUUUUUUUAAAUGUGCUUUGAAAUUUUUAUAAUGUUGCAUUAUAUAAAUUGUUGGUGUUUAUAGAAAAUCUGAGAAUGGACUUAUUUAUGAAUGUUUUUCAUGUAACAAACUAAACUUUAUUCAAGAGCUAAUCUAUCUAGCACUUAGCAACAACGCACUGUUAAUUUCAUAGUUCUUGGUUUGGGAUUUGUGGCUCUAAUUUUACAAUGUCACUUUUACAUUUAUCUUGAUUUUAUAGACUGAGGUUUUCCCUCCACUUAAAAAUAGUAAAAAUGUAAAAUUAAAUGAUAAUUUGAGUAGAUAUUAUCAUUAAUGAUAAUAUAUUUAGUCAAUCAUCACUUAUCCUCAGGCAAGUUAUAUACAUUAAAGAUAAACCAUAUCCUCUGGGAACUAAUCUAGCAGGGUAUAUACAGUUUUGGUUUCCAAUUAUCUCUACAUAUGUCCUUAUGUUCCUUUCUGUUACCAAGACAGCUGACUAUCCUUUUUUGUAGAGACCUAAUAAUAGCAUUAGUGCAACAUUUUAAACUAUUACAAGAACAGAAUAUUAAACACAAAAAGAAAAGCAAAAAACAAAAAACAAAGCUGAGAUUAAUUCCCACCAGUAGAGACUUAGCAAAAUAUAUUAACACUUUUCCAAUUGCAGGAUUAUUCACUUGAGGAAAUUAAAAAUUUACUGACUGACAGACACUCAGUAGCCUAAAAGAACAAUGCAUGUCCAACAUGUAGUUAAUUUAGUGAUUCUUUUAACUUGGACAUUGUCAAAUAUAUUGUAAAUGUGCAAUAAAGAGUGGCUUUUACAUUUU